AUGGGGGUGGCUACUAGUUUCCAUCCAAAAGGGGUUUCUGUAAGUGUUCUUCUUCUCUGUAUUCUUCUUCACUUCGGUGUUGCCACUCUUGUUGUUGGAGAUGAGAAGCUUGACAAACAAAUAUUCAGAGAUGGGUUGGGCCGUCGUGGUGGUGGAGGCGGUGGUCUUGGCGGCGGUGGCGGUUUUGGUGGCGGGGGAGGAGGUGGACUUGGAGGUGGAGCAGGUCGUGGUGGAGGUUUUGGAGCUGGAGGAGGUGUAGGUAGUGGUGUUGGGGGAGGCAUCGGUGGUGGAGGAGGAGGUGGCGGCAGAGGUGGUGGAGGAGGAGGAGGUGGAUUGGGUGGUGGCUCUGGACACGGUGGAGGGUUUGGAGCAGGAGGUGGUGUUGGUGGAAGUAUAGGUGGUGGAGCGGGUGGAGGUGGAGGGGGUGGAGGAGGAGGAGGAGGUGGUGGUGGAUUAGGUGGAGGUUCUGGACACGGGGGAGGAUUUGGUGGUGGUGUUGGCGUAGGAGGUGGUGUUGGUGGGGGAAUUGGUGGCGGUGGAGGAGGUGGUAGUGGUGGAGGUGGGGGAAUAGGUGGAGGUUCAGGUCAUGGUGGUGGGUUUGGAGCAGGAGGUGGUGUAGGGGGUGGAGGAAUUGGUGGAGGAGGGGGAGGUGGCGGUGGAGGAGGUGGAGGUGGAGGAGGUGGGAUAGGUGGAGGAGGAGGAGGAGGAGGAGGUCGUGGCGGUGGUCGCGGUGGAGGUUUUGGAGCUGGAGGAGGUGUAGGUGGUGGUGUUGGAGGGGGAGGUGGCGGCGGCGGCGGUGGUGGUGGAGGAGGUGGUGGAGGUGGAGGGGGAGGGGGUGGAGGAGGAGGAGGAGGUGGUGGGCUAGGUGGAGGUUCUGGAUACGGGGGAGGAUUUGGUGGUGGUGGUGGCGUAGGAGGUGGUGUUGGUGGGGGAAUUGGAGGCGGUGGAGGAGGUGGUAGUGGUGGAGGUGGAGGAGUAGGCGGAGGUUCAGGUCAUGAUGGUGGUGUAGGGGGUGGAGGAAUUGGUGGAGGAGGCGGCGGAGGUGGAGGUGGUGGUGGAGGAGGUGGGGGUAAACAUUAA